AUGCAAGCCCCGCUGGAAGACGACACUCCUUCCGAUGCCUUGGCAGGGACUGAAGAACCAGACCAUGGACAGGAGUUGAAAGCCUCUGACGAAGCUAUCACAUUUAUGUCCAGCAUUGACCCUGCAGAGCUGCAGAAGUGUGUGUUUCCAGACUCCCUGGUGACUGUGUCAGAGGGCGGCCGAGACCUGGGCAAAUUCAAUGUGACGGUGGAGUUUGCCCUAAGAGUCCAGCAGCCCUGUUUGCUGCUGCACGCUCAAAGCCAAGGAGCCAUCGAUGACUCCCCUUGUGGAACAACAGUGACAGCCUACCUAACCACGGACCUGGAGGUGCUGGAGGAAGAUUACCAUGAGUAUGUCCAGCUUGAGGGCCACAGUUUGGAAAAGAGGUGUCGCAUGGUGCAACACGACGGGCACAUGGUGAUCGAUAAAGUUACCACUGUAGGAGAGGAGGUGAUGAAGGAAAGUGUUUCUUAUCCCAUGUCUGCUCUAAGAGGGCUGGUAACCGAGGGAUCCAACUUACUGCUGAUGCGUCUGAUUGCUUUGAGGAAGAAAGUGCCUGAACAGAUGACCUUCAUCUCUUUCGACCAGGGAUUACGCAUCAUCCGCACAACCUUUAGCGAGCUGGGUCUGAAGCAGAUGGAGAUUGAGGGUGAAACUGCGGAGGUAUUCGGGAUAGAGAGGAUUGUUCACUCUGUGGAGGACAGCCCCACUACCUGGCAGUGCUACUUCCUGCCUGAUGGGCAUUUGGCCAGCAGAGUGCAGGUGGGAUCACCGGUCAUGAUGAGACUUGUGCAGCUGCCAUCACUGCUAGAAAAAGGUUUUGAGAACGUCCCCCUGGUUUGGGAAGAAGACAUGCAGAUGCGUUCCAGGUUCCUAGACAGAAAGGAGGAGCUGAAGGCGGACCAUGCCUCAUACCUGAGACAGCAUCCAGAGAUCCGCGCCCUCACAUCUGACUUCUUACAGUUCUUGCUGCUGAGGAAACCAGAUUAUGUCCUCCAGUUUGCCAGAGACUACUUCCUCCCAUUUGCCUCCCACCGUCCUCCAGAACCACAACUGAAAGCCCCAUCACCGUGAAAGCACAACUAUUCUUGAAAACAGUCUUUCAUAAAUUGCAGUUCACUUAUUGAAUUAACAUGAAGUCUAGAAACUGCAUUUGUUUUUUGUUUUGAGUGAUAGAUGGCUAGUGGUAUAAAGGGAAACAUGGUGGAAAUAAACAAUAACUCUCAAGCCUGAGCUGUGUAAAAAAACUAUGUAGAUCAGAAUAAAGGGUCUUA